UACUAGAAAAAUGGGAGGACGACAUCGUGGAAAUGUCGACUAACCACGUCAACCUGCUGAAGAAUUACGUGGAACUAACCGAGAUGUAUUACGUGCUUGACCAAAUCGGACCUCUGUUGGGGGACACGGAAUUUAGACGGGAAUCUUUGUUAAACAAAGAUAAAAGCAGCAGCAAAUCUCCACGUUUAGUUGAACAAGGCCAGUUGGGAGCCCAGCUGGUCAUCUUCACGGGAGUGGUCAGACGCAGCAGAAGCUUCCCCUUCGAGAUGAUGCUGUGGAGGAUCUCUCGUGGCAACAUCUACUACCGACAGGCCAGCCAUGAUAAACUGAUUCAAGACCCGAAAACUAACCAAGAAAUACGAAAGGUGGCGUUUCUUGCAAUUUGCCAAGGGGAAGAACUGAAUAACCGCAUGCAGAAGGUAUGCAGCGGGUUUGGUGUGAACGUCUACCCAUGUCCGAAGACCUUCGAUGAGAGAAUGGAAAUGAUCGCCAAGAUCGGUUACCGGAUCCUCGAUUUAGAACAGGUGAUAAAAAAGACGCACUACCAUAGAUGCAAAGCGUUACGAGUGAUAGCUCGGCAGUGGCACACGUGGAUGAUCCAAGUGAAGAAAGCCAAGGCCAUAUACCACAAUCUAAAUCUCUUCAACCUGGACAUAACGAAGAACUGCCUGAUCGGUCAGUGCUGGGUCCCCGAUACAGAUUUGCGACUCGUACAAGAUAGUUUGGAGAUUACAUCGCAAUCAGUCGGUACUACCGUGCCAUCGUUUAUGUCAAAAACGGAAACUAACGCAAAGCCUCCGACGUAUCAUCGCACCAAUAAAUUUACGUACGGAUUUCAAAAUCUUAUCAACGCAUAUGGCGAGUCCACUUACAGAGAGCUUAAUCCAGGGCUAUACACGCUGAUUACUUUUCCAUUUCUCUUUGCACUGAUGUUCGCUGACAUCGGCCAUGGGUUGAUCAUGUUAAUGUUUGGCAUAUGGAUGGUGGUGGAUGAAAAGAAAUUGAUGGCGCAGAGAUCUACCAACGAAAUCUGGAAAAUAUUUUUUGGGGGCCGUUAUGUGAUUCUGAUGAUGGGCAUGUUCUCAAUCUACGCUGGCUUCAUCUACAACGACUGUUUCUCCAAACCUUUCAACAUGAUGGGCUCUUACUGGUUGAACCACUACACCAGAACUGAACUUGCAGACUUUGAGCAGCUCGACCUGAAUCCUAGCUUGGACACACGUAAAGUGUACUGGUUUGGAAUAGACCCAGUAUGGGCGCUAUCAGCAAAUCACAUCAUGGUAACAAAUUCCAUCAAGAUGAAGCUCUCCAUCAUAGUCGGUGUCGUGCACAUGAUAUUUGGGAUUGUUUUGAGUUUGUUUGAUCACAUGUACUUCAAACGCUACUAUGCAAUUGUCUUGGAAUUCAUACCACAAAUAUUAUUUUUGACGUGCAUUUUCUUCUGGUUGGUUUUUAUGAUUUUCUUCAAAUGGUUCACUUACGGCGCUAAAGAAACAAACAUAGUAAAGACUCCAGGAUGCGCUCCCCAGAUCUUAAUUCUCUUCAUCGACAUGGUUCUGCUAAGCAAGACCAAACCGCUGGAAGAGGACUGUGAGGCUUACAUGUUUGAGAUCCAGCGGGAGUUCCAGCUGGGUUUGGUAGCAGCUGCAGGUCUGUGCGUCCCGGUACUGCUAUUCGGUACCCCAUUGUACCUUGUCCGCCAGAACAAAAAGAGAAGGGAUGCAGCUCUGAAUAAAAUAAGCAAUUUUCGGCGAUAUCAGCAGAGAAGGGAAUCCGAUAAGAAGGCGGAGGAAAAAAUUCUGGCUGACAUAGAGAGGUACAGCCAGCCAUUUGGAGAGCUGAUGAUACACCAAGGAGUCAGCACCAUCGAAUUCGUUUUGAGCACCAUAUCUCAUACUGCUUCGUAUCUUCGUUUGUGGGCACUAUCCCUAGCUCAUGCAGAGCUGUCAGAUAUCCUGUGGAACAUGGUCUUACAAGCCGGCCGCGACUACGAGAACACUAUAAAGUGUGUGCUGCUGCCGAUCAAGUUCGCCUGCUGGGCCUUCUUCACGGUCACCAUCCUCGUCGUGAUGGAGGGGCUGUCGGCCUUCUUGCACACUCUGCGGCUGCAUUGGGUUGAAUUUAUGAGCAAGUUCUACCUGGGUCGGGGAUGGAUGUUCCACCCCUUCAGCUUCAAGACCAUCUGCGCAGAGGGCGAUGACAAGGCCGACAACAUCUGCAAGAAGAAGGCGAAGGCCGAAGACACGGUGGAGUCUCACAAAGUGUAGAUGGAUAUAGGUACAUAGAUCGUGUCAUCCACGAAGACGCGCCCCACCAUUCUUCCGCUAAUGUUUGAAUGUUAUCGGCACACGCUAAAUUAUCCAUGAGUGCACACGCACACUACAAAUAUGACGCUCGAAUUGCUCGGAUCAAACUACCCGCAUCCCGCGCUUCCCUCGACAAAAAAUUGGUGGGGCUCGUCUUCGUGGAUGAAACGAUCUAUACCUACCCGUAUUUGUUUUCAUAUUAUUUAUUUAUUAGC